AAACACAGAGACAGGAAAGAGAGAUCCAAGAGGCUUCCCCUGAAGCUGUUUACUUACAAUACUGACCUCUACAAUAUUGCUGUCAAGAACUUUAAUCCCAAGAAGGUUGCGCCACAUCAUCAAAAAAAGACAAAGCAAAUAAAAGAAAUGCUGAAGGAUGGUCUAAAUGCAAAUAACUAUGUGAAAUGGUUCCAAACAUUGCUUUGGCUUGAAGAAAUGCAGAUGGAAAUAGACAUUGGUUUCUACAACAUGCCUGAGGCACCUUUAAAAAAAGUGUCAAGACAGCAGUAUUCUAAUGCUGACUGUGUAGAGCUUCAGGUACCAGGAUUAGCUGAAAACCGUCCAUCAGUCUUGCGUGGAGAUAAUGUAUUUGUCAAGUUGCCAGGACAGAGGGCAGUUUAUGAAGGUUGUGUUCAUCAGAUCCUUGAAGGGUCCAUCUACCUAGCAUUUAGUCCAGAAUUCAUGCGCUCCUUCGUGAACAAUAUGAAAGUCAGUGUGGAAUUCACCUUCAGCCGCUAUCCACUGAGAGUGUGCCAUAGAGCUAUAACUCUUACACAGUCACUGUCUCUCAGACACUUGACCUUCCCCAACAACCCUGCCUCAAACACAGCUUCCACCCAGAACAUUUUGCCAUUUAACCGCAGACUGGAAUCCAAUGCUGAGCAAAUGGAAGCUGUACGUAACAUUGUCGCAGGGACCUCAAAGCCUGCCCCAUACAUUGUGUUUGGUCCCCCUGGUACAGGGAAGACUGUUACCAUUGUUGAGGCUAUCAAGCAGAUUUACAAGUUGCAACCCAAUAGCCGCAUAGUGGCAUGUGCACCAUCAAAUUCUGCUUCAGAUAUUAUUGCUGUGCGUCUCCUGGAACACAUCUCAAGACAUCACAUGUUGCGUAUGCAUGCAGAAUCAAGGAUGAUAUCAAGCAUUCCGGAAAAUUUAAAGGAUAUGUCCAACAUACAAGAGGGCAAAAUUUACACACCAUCGGAUGAGAAACUUAUGGCGUACAAGAUCAUAAUUUGUACAUUGGUGACGGCUGGGAAGUAAGAUAAAGACCUUUUUUUUAUUAUUAUUGUACAUGAAUUCAUAGGUCAUUGUUUUUUCUUUAUCUUUUCUCUUCUUUUUCCUACCUUUUUCUUUUAUAGCAUUUAGUAUAGUAGUUUU